GAGUAGGCGUGAAUCUCUGACUACGCGUCAUUGGGCUGAAGUUUUCUGCCUACUUAGCUCAUAUAAAUAAUAACAAGUGAAGGUUAGCAUGUGGAGACAUAAGUGUGCACCAAUAGCUCGUUGGUAGUGUGGCUAAGAAGGCAGCUAGCUGUUGUUUUCACACUUGUUUAGGUCCGUCUCUGAAGACUGUUGGCAGCAGCAUGUCGUUGUCGGUGGACAGCGUGUUCAGGACCCGCUCCCUCGGUGUGGCCGCGGAGGGUCUUCCAGACCAAUAUGCCGAUGGGAAAGCGGCCAAAGUGUGGCAGCUGUACAUUGGGGACACUCAGAGCCGCACACAGGAGUACAAGAGCUGGGUGGUGUCGCUGUUGAGGGAGCACGGGGUGAAGCGUGUGCUGGAUGUAGCCUGCGGAACUGGAAUUGACUCCAUUAUGCUGGUGGAGGAGGGCUUUAACAUGACGAGUGUAGAUGCCAGUGACAAAAUGCUCAAGUAUGCACUGAAGGCAAGAUGGGAGAGACGAAAGGAACCUGCAUUUGACCAAUGGGUGAUUGAGGAAGCCAACUGGCUAACAUUGCCAGAGGAUUUGCAGAAACCAGGGGAUGGCUUUGAUGCUGUUAUCUGCCUUGGCAAUUCAUUCGCUCAUUUACCAGACUUUAAAGGGGACCAGAGUGACCAUAAAUUAGCCCUUCUAAACAUUGCCAGUAUGGUCCGACCAGGUGGAGUUCUCAUCAUUGACCAUCGUAACUACGACUACAUCUUGGAGACUGGAAAGGCACCUCAAGGCAAAAACAUUUAUUACAAGAGUGAUCUAACUCAGGACAUCACUACCUCUGUUCUAUGGGUGAACAGUAAGCCUCACAUGAUCACUCUGGACUACACCAUUCAAGUGCCUCAAGAGGACAACCAAAAGGUUCCGGAGCUCAGUAAAUUCCGCCUGUCCUAUUACCCUCACAAACUGGAGCAGUUCACAGGCCUGCUCAACGAAGCUUUCAACGGCAAACUGGAACACAAUGUCUACGGAGAUUUUCAGACCUAUGUCCCAGGCCAGUCCAAGGCCCCCUGCUACUUCAUCCAUGUCUGUAAGAAGACAGCUUGAGCUUGACCAAAUACAAGGCCUUCAUGAAGAUGUUACUUUGCAGGUUGGGAUAAAACAGGGAUUUCAUCAGUCCAAAACAUGUGGUCUUAAAAAGAGACUGUAAUACUGUAGUGUAGGCUACAUUACAUUUGAUGUAGUUGCAGUACAUUCAGAAAACAAUCGAAAGUGUUUUUGUUUUUUGUUUUCAUGAUUACGCACACAAAUCAUGACCUGAAGUUUGUACCAAAUCAAUUUUUGACCAAAUAUAUUGUGAGCCCUUUAAUCUGAAAAUAUCCAUUAUUUUGUGUGCUUUUGCCUUAGGAAUUUUUAAAACUUAUUUGACCAUCAAAUGGUGCUGGAUAUUGUGGAGAAGUUCAUUUUAGGGUAGGUUGUGCUUGUUUUUUUAAAGUCUUACUGUAGUCAGUACAAACAUAUAAACUACAUACCCAAGGAUGACUCUGCAACUUCAUGUUCGGGCAGGGCAUCUUGUGUAGUUCUUUGUGGAUUAGUCAAACCUACGUGCCAAGUCACGGUGAUAAAACAGUCGUCUUUAUUUUGCAUAAAUCAUUUCCUCAGUUACAGAUCCACCUUUUGUAAUCCAGUUUACAUAAUCUUGUUUACCUUUUAAUCCGUGGAGUUAUUGAGAAACUAAAUGGCAGGUGAUCAGAUAGCAGACAGUAUUAUCAUGUUCAUGUGAGUUUGCUCUAGCCAUUUUAACUAUUCAAAGAUGUUGUUAUAAUUGAUACAUACUGGUUGCCUUAUGUCGCCUCUGCUACUUCUCCAAAGAACACAAAUCACUGUACAGAGCAUUUUAAAAGUGGUACAAAUGUGAUAAUGAUUUCUUUUUUGCUAUUUUUGGAAAAAUAAUCAUUUCAAGUCUUAUUUGAAGUUUAAAUUUUGUAAAGGUAAAGAAUGCAUGAUAUAAAUCAUUUAAAGAAUAAGUAAUUGUUUCUGAGUUUGUUUUUUGUUGAUACAUUUAAAGUAGCAAGUGCAGACAUAAAGCAGUACUGAAAGCAUAUUUAUGUUCAUUUAAGUCUUGAGUGGAGAUUGUUCACUGGGCACAAGAGGGCACUGUUGCACUGCUUAGAAAUACACGAAAAAACAUCGAUCAAUAAAUGGCUGAAGUCUUAUCAGAUUUGUAGAUUUACAGUUACAUUUUUAAAUGUAGUCUUUGAAAUAAUUUAAUAAAGAGCUAAUUUCAAACUGGAAGAAAAAGAUGAUGGAGAAACAGUCUAGUAGCGAAAAUAAUGCAUUUUAGGUUUUUUGUUUGUUUGUUAUAAUUUAAAUUUAUUUACAUGUAUUUUUAUUUGGUUAGUGUGUAACUCAUUACAGUGUACAUCAGUGUGAUGCCUAUAAAAUAAAACAUUCAGUAUGCAGAACCUCACAGUCAUCACAAUAUCUCCAGUGAGAUAAGCACGUUAAUGGACAUUCAUCUACAAAAUGAAUACAACAUGUUGCAGGAAAUUUAAAUUCCAUCUCCAUACACAUUUGCCGUUCCCUCUCUUUCUUUGGUCUCUUAACUGAAAUGUGGGCUACUAUCAGACUGUAUGGACGUGCACAGCUUUAAUAUCCAAAACAGAUGUGAGGGAAGAAUUUGCCAGAUGUGGCUGCUGAGGUUUUAGCUUUGCUCCAGGAGAGUACAAAGUGGUGAACCAUGACUGGCCUGGCUUCACUGAGGGAGAACAUUUUCAAAGCUUGUCAUUGGACAAAUCAAACUACUAUUGCUUUUUGAAAUCUCCAUUGUUUAAGCAGAGGGCAGUGCCAUUUAAUACAACCAUUUAUGUUGCAUUCACUUGGUCAUUGUCGUGGUUUAAAAAAUAACAGUUGCCUUGCUUAUAAAGCUGUUAAUAGUUAAUAAUUUAUUUUAGGUCUGGUUUGGUACAGCCUGUGAUAACUUAGAUGUAUUCAAGCAGGAAGUCUCACUGGUUGAUGUUACAGUACUUUUAUUAACACAAAAGAACUGUCUUGUGGACAUUGAAAAGUCUCUGUAACUGUGAAUAAAGUUCUGCUACCUUUC